GUUGCGCAGCGAACACACAUAGCUAGCCCAAAAGAAAGUGGCGAGUGUGCAAUUCAACUAUAAAGUGUCAUAGAUACAACGCAUUUGCGUUUUUAGCCUAGGGAUUAGAACAAAGCAAAUACUCAGAUCGGCAACAAUGCAAAGUGUGCUAAAUACAGUAAAAGGCACAGCUCUUAAUGUGGCCGAAUACUUAACGCCAGUGCUAAAGGAGUCAAAGUUUCGUGAAACUGGAGUUCUAACGCCAGAGGAAUUUGUGGCAGCUGGUGAUCAUUUGGUGCAUCAUUGUCCCACUUGGCAGUGGGCGGCCGGUGAUGAGAGCAAAACAAAGCCAUACUUACCCAAGGAUAAACAAUUUCUGAUAACACGCAAUGUGCCAUGCUAUCGACGCUGCAAACAGAUGGAAUAUGUGGGCGAAGAGACACUGGUGGAGGAGGAGUCCGGUGACGGCGGAUGGGUGGAGACACAUCAAUUGAAUGAUGACGGCACCAAUCAGCUGGAUGACAAAAUAUGCGAACUGACGCUGGACGAGACCAAGGAUGAAAUGCAUACGCCGGACAGUGAGAAGUCGUCUGGCGUAGCUGCUGCCUUGGGCAAUGAGGAGGAGGACGAAGACGAUGAUGAGGCCAUUGACAUGGAUGCAUUUGAGGAGAGCGGCAUGCUGGAGCUGGUUGAUCCCGCUGUCGCGACCACAACACGCAAACAGGAGUCGGACACACAGUCGAGCAGCGCUGCAGCUGCAGCUGAAGGAGGAGAAGGAGCAGCAGCAGCAGCUGCUGCAAGUGCUGGUGGCGACUCCGUGUUGCAUACACGCACCUACGAUCUGCACAUCACAUACGAUAAAUACUAUCAGACGCCACGGCUCUGGGUUGUGGGCUACGAUGAGCAACGCAAGCCGUUGACCGUCGAGCAAAUGUACGAAGAUGUGUCGCAGGAUCAUGCGAAAAAGACUGUUACAAUGGAAUCGCAUCCGCAUUUGCCGGGCCCCAACAUGGCAUCGGUGCAUCCGUGUCGUCAUGCUGAUAUUAUGAAGAAGAUCAUCCAAACUGUGGAGGAAGGUGGCGGCCAAUUGGGCGUGCAUUUAUAUCUAAUCAUCUUCUUGAAAUUCGUGCAGACCGUAAUACCAACAAUUGAAUAUGAUUUUACGCAAAACUUUAACAUGUCCUAAACCAAACAGCAUCCGAAUCACAUUUGACAGCAAUAUGAAUACAUAAAUUAUGCAUUAAUUAGACACUACAAUAAUAAUUAUAAUAAAGUAAACAAAAAG